AUGGAGCCGGCGGCGGGCGGGCCGGGGAACCUGUCCCGCGGCGGCAACAACAACGAGAGCGGCGGGGCGGUGCCGGCGGGCCCGGCGGGGUGGUCGGUGGCGGCCCUGGCCUCGCAGGCGCUGGCGCUGCUGCUGAUCUUCGCCCUCUCGGCGCUGGGCAACGGGGCCGUGGUGCUGGUGAUCGCCCGGCACCGGCAGCUCCGCACGGUCACCAACGCCUUCGUGCUGUCGCUGUCGCUGUCGGAGCUGCUGGGCGCCCUGCUCUGCCUGCCCUUGGCCUUCCUCAGCCUGCUCAGCCGCCCGCCCGGCGCUUGGCUCUUCGGGCAGCGCCUCUGCCUGGCCAGCGCUGCCCUCCACGCCGGGCUGGGCAUCGCGGCCACCCUCACCAUGGCCCUCCUCUCCUUCGACCGCUACUGCGCCAUCGUCCGCCAGCCCCGCCACAAGAUGGGCCGCCGCCGCGCUGCCCAGCUGCUGGCCGCCGUCUGGCUGGCCGCCCUGGGCCUGGCCGGGCCCUGGUACGGGCUGGCGGGCGAGGGGCGACGGGAGGCCCGGCCCGGGGCUUAUCGCUGCGUCUACGUGCUGCCCUGGGGCUCGUCCCGGCUGGGGCCGCCUUACGGCGCGGCCCUCAUCGUGCUCUGCUACCUGCUGCCCUUCGCCCUGAUGUGCUUCUGCCACUACAACAUCUGCCGGGCGGUGCGGCUGGCCGAGAGCCGCGUGCGGCCCCUCACCACCUACGGGCACCUGCUGCGGGCCUACGGGGAGAUGCGCACGGCCACCACCGUCCUCAUCAUGAUCGUCUCCAUCAUCUGCUGCUGGGGGCCCUACUGCGUCCUGGGGCUGGCCGCCGCCGCCGGGCGCCUGCCCUUCUCACCCACCAUGGACGCGGUGGCCAGCGGGAUGGCCUGGGCCAACGGCGCCAUCAACCCCCUCAUCUACGCCGCCCGCAACCCCAACAUCUCCCUGCUGCUGCGGCGAAGCCGUGAGGGCGGCUACAGGACUAGGAACAACGUGGCAGCCUAUCUGUCGGCCCCGGGACACCGGCUGGAGCCUCGGCGCCGGGCCGAGCGCGUCCGGGAGCGCUACCUGAACCGGCACGGCGGCCCCCCGGGCAGCGCCCCGUCCUCCUCCAGCCCCGCCAGCGGGGGAGAGGUGGCCAUGUGGGCCUGCAGGAACCCUGCCGUGCUCUUCUGCCGGGACGGGCACCCGGACACCGCCUCUGAGGCCGCCUUGCAGGCCAAAAAAGACACUGCCAACACCAGCCUCUGAAGGGAUGGGGCUGCGGGAUGGAAGCCUUGGGUCCCGGGGUGGUCUCCCUGAGGAAACGCGGGGAGCCCUGGUGCUUGGACUGCUAGGAGAGCAGAGAGACGGGACCGCGUGAGCCACCGUGUGGGUUCUUCUCCAUGGCGUGUGCUCUGCUUUGGCAACCCAGUCUACGAGCAGCGGGAGCUCCACAGGGAAAGGGAUUUCCCCUUCCCUUGCAGCAGGCCUGAGGCUCUGGUGAUAGCCUCCAAGCCCAGCCCAGCACAAGAGCUUGACUGCAAGAACAAAGCAGUGCUUGCUCCAGUCCUGCAGAAGGUGGUGCCACAGUGGAGCUGAGAGACACACAAAUACAGGCCAAACUGACUGACUGACUUGACUGACUGUGGAGCUGUUAAGUGCCAAAAAAGCUGAGCACUGGCAGCUGGGAGACACUCUGAAAACACCACACUGUGAAAACCACAGGAAAAUGUUGCUUUAACCCAUUGUAUGUGGAAAUGUUGAUAAGUCAGACAGUCACAGACUGUAGGAUGGGCUAAACCAGUGAUUAUUUAAAUUACUUUCCCCCCCCCCAAACUCCCAGGCAUAACAAAGCAGUAAUUGUUGUGACAGGGAAGAUGGGUGGUAAUGGGAGGGAAAGCAACAUGAAAUUUCCUUUGUCAGAAUUGCAGCAGCUUUUUACAUUUUUUUUGCAGGUACAGUCAGCUCAAAAUACGAGGCAUGAGAGUUUACCAGGCAGACAGAGGAAAAGAGUGUGGGUGUAGCCUGUGGAAUCGCUGGGUUUGAGCACAAGAUGUGCAUUUUCUUUUUGAGCUCCUCCGAAGUGUCUCACGUCUACGAGAGUUUAACCAGGUUUAGAGGAGCCCUUGUGAGAGAGGCUGAAGGGAGGGGUAAAGCAAUACCAUGUGCUCUUUGUGUGCUCUGAAGUGGGUGAAAACGUGUUCUGUGCAGAGAGCAGAUACUCCUGGAUUCAUGGCAGCAAUCUGCUGCUGGAGUUGGGUAUUUUAAGACCACCUCUUUCUGCCAUUGAAAAAAAUGAAAAUGGCACAAUGGAAGUGUGAUUCUGUGGCUUAAAUUCAGAUGUAUUUAUCAGUAUAAUUUUAUUUUUUUUUUUUUUUUUGCCCAGAGGCCUAAAGCCUUAAAUUGGUGUUUUGAGCCAGAAACUAGGAUUGAGCCUUCCUGUAUCUUUGCCAGAGUUCAGUGUGAAAGACCAGCGUGUUAUUCUUGCACAAGCUUUAAAAAUCCACUGUUACUGUUUUACCAGCUUUCUCAAGUGUUUGUGACCCCAGUGAAUGUAUGACCAUUAUUUUGUAAGUGAGACAAGAAAUAAAUUGUCUUUUAUGCGGGA